AUGGCCAUGGGUAAAAAUGGACACAGCAAUUUUUGCAAGCAAGCCCGACCUCACUCGGAUUAUGGACAUCAACACGUUCUCACUCAAGCAGAUGACCACAUGCGUCUUCAGUCCCCUGCUUUUUCUGUCGUAAACAUGGGAACAUUCAGUGAAUCUAACUGCAGGCCAGGAUCAGUCUCUGCAAGCCAUUAUCAGUCCUAUACCUAUGGAGAGCACGAACCUCAGGAUUAUGGUUCAUUCAACAAGUACCAGCUCUCCGGUGACAGUGACAGCGUCUCCAAGACGAACAUUAAACAAGCGCCAACGUUUGACUGGAUGAAAGUCAAGAGGAACCCCCCUAAAACAGUUAAGUUCGCAGAAUAUGGGAUCCACGGUCAGCAGAAUAUCAUUCGCACAAAUUUUACCACCAAGCAGCUCACCGAACUUGAGAAGGAGUUCCACUUCAACAAGUACCUCACCAGGGCGCGCAGAGUGGAGGUGGCCGCCACCCUCGAACUGAACGAAACGCAGGUUAAAAUUUGGUUUCAAAACCGCAGAAUGAAGCAGAAGAAGCGGGAGAAGGAGGGAACAGUCCCGGUCAUGAAACGGGCGACUCUUAUAUCUGCUGGUCAAAGCGCAGACAACUCAAACUCCUCAUCCCCAGGAGCUUCUCCUACCUCAGACUCUUCCGCUGCUAUUUGA